AUGAGUUCUGCAGUGCUCAAGAGUCCGCUUUCAAAGUCUUUAAAGAUAGCUCUAAUACAGUUAAAAGCUGGUGGAGAUAAAGCGGCCAAUUUGGAUAAAGUCAAAAGCUUUAUCGACAGGGCCAUAGCUACGUCAACCAUUGGAAAACUUGACUUGGUGAUGUUGCCCGAAUGCUUCAAUUCACCUUAUGCAGUCGACCAAUUUCGUAAUUAUGCUGAAUCUAUCCCUGACGGUGAAACAACGAAGCUCUUGUCUUCGUUGGCUCAUAAAUACGGAAUAUUUAUUGUGGGUGGAUCGAUUCCUGAAAUUGACUCUAAAGAAGACAGCAAUGUCUACAACACAUCUCUUACAUUUUCACCGGAGGGCCAGAUUAUCGCCAAACACCGCAAGGUCCACUUGUUUGACAUUGAUAUUCCAGAUGGUAUCACAUUUAAAGAAUCAACUACGUUGAGCGCGGGUGAUAAGGCGACAGUGUUUAAGUUGGGCGACUUUGGAAAUGUGGGUUUAGGCAUCUGCUACGAUAUCAGAUUUCCAGAGCUAGCAAUGAUUGCUGCUCGCAAUCCUUACAAUUCUUUUGCCAUGUUUUAUCCAGGUGCGUUCAAUACCACAACUGGGCCGUUACAUUGGCAUUUGUUAGCCAGAGCUAGGGCCGUUGAUAAUGAAAUAUUUACUGUAUUGUGCAGUCCUGCAAGAGAUGUUGAGGGAGGUGGAUACCAAGCUUAUGGUCACUCUUUGGUAGCAGAUCCAUAUGGUAAAAUCAUAGCCGAGGCAGGAGAAGGUGAAACUAUUUUAUUUGCAGAAUUAGACAAAGAUUUGCUCCCAAAAGCUAGGGAGGGAAUUCCUGUUAAUUACCAAAGAAGAUUUAGCGUAUAUAAGGACUUUGUUGGAGACGGCGAUGUCAAGGUGUCUUCUUUAUGA